GUGGCAGGAAGAGGAGGGCACAGAGCACCGGGCAGUAGGAGGAGGAGGAUGGACGGCACGCAGGAGGGGGAGGAUUGCACAGGAACAAUGGCUGAGGAUUACAGAGAACUGGCCGGGCCUUCUCCAUGUCACUGACCCCGUACUACAUGUCACCGAGCCCCUGCACUGCAGACACCGGCUGGCAGCCAUGGACCGGAUGAAGAAGAUCAAAAGACAGCUUUCCAUGACCCUUCGGGGUGGGCGAACAGCUGAAAAAAGCCCUGGAGACCAUUCAGAGCCCAUCACUCUGGAGGACAAUGGCAGCAGUGAUAAUGAGCCCAUCGUCAGAAAUGGGAGAAGCCUCUCGUCCCACAGCAUGCAAUCCUUCCUGCACCACUACACCGCCAGCUCCUUCCAAAAGCCGCCUAUCCCCCGGCCCCACAGUGCCGUCUGCAGGAGUCUCAGCUCUUACCUGAACCGGAGCAGCCGACUAGAGAUUGUGCACGAAGACCUAAAGAUGGGUUCGGACGGAGAGAGCGACCAAGCGUCUGGCUCCUCAGAUGAGGUUCAGUCACCUGUGCGAGUGAGGAUGAGGAACAACGCUGCUCGUAAAAUAUCUACAGAGGAUAUUAAUAAGCGUCUGUCCCUCCCAGCGGAUAUUCGUCUUCCUGAGGGUUAUCUGGAGAAGCUGGCUCUCAGUAGCCCUCCAUUUGAUAAGCCCCUGAGUAGGCGAUUAAGGCGAGUCUCUUUGUCAGAGAUUGGUUUUGGGAAGUUGGAGACGUACGUCAAGUUGGACAAAUUGGGAGAGGGAACCUACGCUACUGUUUACAAGGGCCGUAGUAAACUGACCGAAAACCUGGUUGCCCUUAAAGAAAUUCGCCUGGAACAUGAGGAGGGUGCUCCUUGUACAGCCAUCAGGGAAGUUUCCCUUUUGAAGGAUUUAAAACAUGCAAAUAUCGUCACUCUUCAUGACAUCAUCCACACAGAGAGGACCUUGACUCUCGUCUUCGAGUACCUGGACAAAGAUUUGAAGCAAUAUCUAGAUGAUUGUGGGAACCUAAUAAACCUGCACAACAUCAAGCUCUUUCUUUUCCAGCUUCUCCGAGGCCUCGCGUAUUGUCACAGGCGCAAGGUUCUUCAUCGAGACCUGAAGCCACAGAACCUGCUGAUCAACGAGAAGGGGGAGCUCAAACUUGCUGACUUUGGCUUGGCACGGGCAAAAUCUAUCCCCACCAAGACCUACUCCAAUGAGGUGGUGACUCUCUGGUAUCGGCCCCCAGAUAUUCUCCUGGGAUCAACAGAAUACUCUACGCAGAUUGAUAUGUGGGGCGUUGGAUGCAUCUUUUAUGAGAUGGUCACCGGGCGACCUCUUUUCCCAGGAUCUACUGUGGAAGAACAGUUGCACUUUAUAUUCAGGAUACUCGGGACACCCACUGAAGAAACGUGGACUGGUAUCCUAUCUAAUGAAGAAUUUAAAUCCUACAGUUAUCCCAAAUAUUUUCCAGAUCCUAUCCAGAAGCACGCACCCAGGCUGGAUUCAGAUGGGGCAAAUCUUCUCUCUAAGCUCUUACAGUUGGAGGGAAGAAGGAGGAUCUCUGCGGAUGAAGCCAUGAAACGUUCAUACUUCCAGGAACUGGGCGAGCGGAUUCACAAAUUGCCAGACACUACUUCCAUCUUUGCACUGAAAGAGAUUGGUCUGGAGCCAGAGAACAAGCACAGGGCAGUCCCAGACCCAGUUAAUGUACAGUCUCGUAGACUCAGUCUUGUUCUCGGGUGAAUGCUUGGCGUCCCAUCUUCGACCAGAAGAGUGUUGACCCUACAGCUGGAAACAGACUUGGGCCAGGCAGAGGCCUGAAGGACUGCAUUUUGUGCCCGCAUUUGGAGGACAAGUAAAAAACGUGGAUAUUAGGCUGUGCCAGCAUGUGGCACCUGCAGUACCCAUAUAAUCUUUCCCGUUGCCGUGCGGACACUCUGUGCCGAUCUGCUGCUGUUCCUCCGGGUAUUUUUUUUGCCACGCUCCCUGCCGUGUGUCAUCCCGUACCCUCUUCCCUCCUGCAUUGUCUCUCAGCCUCCAUGGUCUACCCAGUUGUUUCCUUUUUGUUCUUGGGAGUUCUAGGAUGUGCUUAGUUCUUCAACCCCCAAAAAUUUACAUACAAUCCUAAUAUCAAGAACUUUUGGAACCUUAACAGAGAUCUUCUCUGUCAAGUCGGCUAACGACUCAAUACAUGAGGUAGAAGACUCAUGAUCUACUCUGGAGGACAGAUUUCCAAAAAAACACGAAAACCUGGCAUCUUGCAGGAGCUGUAAACACCACUGUGAGCAGGGGAGAGGCUUUUGGAAUUAUUUUAGGAAUGCUACACUUUGUUGUGAGCUGAUGAGGAACGGUCAUGAAUACAAAAGGGAGCUUUUGUUGCGAUCCUAGUUUUAAGGGCUGGUCUAGGCCUCGACCCAGUUGAUUGGUAAAGGGCUUCUUGUUAUUAUUUUUUGUAAACCCUUGUUUACUAUUGAGUAAGUUAUAUUGUGGGUGAAUCGUAUCUCUCGUCCUCGUGGGUGAGCUGAAGGCCACAACGGUGGUCGCUCUGGCGGCAAAUGGGUCUCUGGUUAAGUCACUUUACUUUUCUCAGGAAUAAAGAAGCAGGGCUGUGCCUGAGGCAGAAAUACUCAGUAUUAUAAAAGAACGUCUUGUUUACUAUGGUCUCCAGUAACAUGCAGGUACCAAAGCUUUGCAGGAGUCUAGAUGAAGAAGGAUAUGUAAGAACAAAAAAAAAAAAAAACUAUUGUUUUUUAGUUGUGCGUAGAUUCCUCUUUCACCUUCCCUGUAAUAAUACCUUUUAGUUUGACACCCAGGGGAGGAGCAAGGCAGAGGCUCCACCUCUCUUCCUGCAACAUAUCGGAUGUAUGAACAACCAAUAAAACCGUGAAAAAUAAAAUUGGCGUUUAGUCAUG